AUGGAGAGAAUUGACACUACCAUGUCACAAAGUACAAUGGGGUGCUACAACGCCAGAAUCAUGGGACGAAGAAACAAAAGCGUUGAGAAGUCUUCCCAAGCGGGGUCAGGAUCUGGCAUACUUUGGGGAGCUUCUGGAAAGUCAUCAACAUGCCAACGAUGCAGUUCAUGCAGAAACGCUUGA